UGACAAGUCUUUGUCUAUUAGUACCUAAUUUUUUUCCUUUCACAUGAAAAGAAUCAAGUGCAAUUAUUGAAGAUGAAAGAGAUUAUUGGAGGAUGAAUUUUGACUACAACAAACAAAAAAACAACAACAAAGAAUUGCUCAUUUUGGUUAAGAGUACUGUAGAUCACAGGAUUGGAUUUAUGAAUUAGAAUUAGAGGAAACUGAAAAAGAUGGCUCAACAGUGUGGUGCAGUGAUAGGUGCCAUAGACUUUCUGAAGAGAAGACAUUUGGAUAGAUUCAUAAUUGAUCAAUUGGACGAUGCUAGAACUCGACUUGUAUGUGUAUCUCUAUUUCUGGUGAAAUUGGAGGAGGUUUUCCCUGAGAACACGAUAUCGACACAACUAGGGGCCUUAUUUCAACAAGCUCAUGAUGGAUUUUCUGAGAUAUGUACUUACACGGAUCAACAUUACCCCAUCAUAAUGACAAAGGCGCUGAAAAUAUUUACACUCAACAACAUUGCUGCGCGACUCGAAGCAGCUUCAAAGCCAUUAAUAUCAGGUAGAGAAAUGAUAUCAGAAGUGCUGAAAAUACUCGAACCCGAGAAAAUUGCUGAAAGAAUUGAAGCUUCAAAGUCAUCUAGCCAAAUCACUACUAUGGAGAUGGUGAGGUUUGUCGAUUUUUUGCUUGAUUAUGUAAAGGAUCCUACCCUUGUGAAGCUGCGAUAUCUACGCGCUUUCUUCAUAUUAAGUGCAAGUCGAUGCAUUGAGCAUGAGAGUAUGCAUUAUUUCUUCAUCCAUGUUGAGAAUGUAGCUUAUACUGCACUACAACUACGUUUCAAAUGGAUCGACAAAUAUAUACAUAUGAUCAGUUAUGAGUUGCACAGUUUGAUAAGUUCUUUAAGUCCUGAUUUAACACAGAUACAUAAGAACCUCUUGACAGCGUUAAAAUCAUCAAAAUCAGAGACUACAUUGAAUUCCGAAUGUAUGCUUGAUUUUGUUAAUGUUCUACUAGAGGAUCUAAAGGUGCAUCUACACUGUUGUCAAAUUUGGGGGCUCAAAGAAGAACUUCUUAACAGUGUUCAUUUUCUACGGUGCAUAGAACAUGGAGGCACUCAACUCAGGAUAUUCAGUUCUCUUCAGUCACUUAUUGAAGAUCUGGUGUUUGAGGCAGCAUUAGUCAUCAACGCCUAUGAUGAGGAUCUUCUUUUUGUUUUGAAGCCGAAGCUUAAUCAUGUCAAUGUAGUAAUCAAAAUGAUUCAACUACGUAACAGUGAAGCAACCUUUCUCCUGAGAGCUGACAGUCUUAAUCUGAUUGACUAUGCUUUAGAAGAGCUGAUAGUCGUGACAAAUUUUCUCAUGGAUUCAUUGGAGCAGUGCAAACAGCAACCUAAGAUAACUGAUCUUUUAACUCUUAUCCAAUCUGUGACUAACGAAGCAUGUUCGGCUGUUAAAAAUCUUUUAAGUUAUCCAAGAGGAGAAGACUUCGUCAGCGAAAUGAAUCGCUCACAUUUCCAAUUGCUUCUUAAGUUCAACUUUAUUAAGGCAGCAAUUAGACAGAUGUGUUCUACCAUUUGUGCUUCAUCAACUGAGAUACAUCUGCUGAACUUUCUUCCUAUUAAUUUUGAGGUCAUUGGUUCUUACUUAAACUCCUCAAAGAAAUCAUCCUCUGGUCACCGCAACAUGGAUUCAGUUAUGAUGGAUUUUCAUCAAUAUAUUAUUGACAAUCUGCUACUGAAGCAUGAAACUGAUUUGUCAUUUACAGUUGCAGAUGAUGUUAAAAAGUUCUAUGAUGGAUUGUUGCUCCUGUUAACUUAUCUUCUUGAUACUCUAUCUCAGUGCAGUGGAUUUGGAACUACUGUAAUUGAGGCCAAAUCUGCGAAUAGCAACAAAAGCAAUCUAAUUCUUCAGUUUUUGACGGUGGCUUUCAAGCUUAUCGAAUGUGAGAGAAGUUUGAUGGAUCUACAGAAGCACAAAGCCACUUUGAAAGCUCACAUUCUGGAUCUGAUUAAAAGUUCUCAUGAAGAGCUUAUUUAUCUUAGAGUUUUUCUCAUAGAUGUUCUCAGUCAACACACAGUCCAUAAUGUCUUAAUGCAUGCUGAAGUGACUGCCAACAAGAUAGCACAAAUCAUCAAAAGAAGAAGCACUGAGGAAAUUGGGCUUUUAUUAUCUGAGAUUGAGUCUGUCAAGGUAGAGAUCAGAAAAGUAUGCUUUCAAUUUCUGGAUGCAUCACCUUACAACAUGACAGAUGGCGAAGACCUUAUUAGAUUCUUAUCGAAACACCAGGACUGGCUGCUCAACUUUGAUGCCUUUUCAAUUCCUUUUUUGAAGAAACAGAUUCCAGAAAUCAAAGGCAAACUAUUUUAUUUGGGUUCUUUUAUUGCAGAUAUUGUACAGCAUCGUGAUAUGCAUAAAGAGCUCAAAGACCUUGUGAAACGUGUUCAAGAUAUAAAGUUUGUCUGUCUCUUUCCCAUCAGGGAUUCUGCACCUUCUUGGUGUUACAGGCUACAUCUCUCUGAUGUCAAGCAAUUGCUUAAGUUUGUCGAGACAGAGGUCGAAAUGAUUUGUCUCAAAGUUCCAGAUUUUUCAAGUCAUAGCUUCCCCAAGAUAAAUGAACUAGGAUUUCUUGAUUGCUUCCUGGGAAAAUUGGAUGAGAUGUUAAGUUCUAAGCUUGAGUCAGUUAUCGACUUAAAAUGCCAAAUUGAGCCAUUGAAGGAGGGCUUCUUGUGUCUAAGAACGUUGACUGAUCAUUUCCCAGAAAUCUACGAUGAGCAUGAUGAAGUUUAUAGUCUUAUAACAAGAGUUACCGCCAUGGCAUACAAGGCAGAGUAUGUUAUGGACUCGUGUUUGACCAAUUCUUAUCCACUCUGGUACAAAGUUUGUUGGAUUUCUGAAGCUGUUGAGAAUAUUAAGCUUGUAAAUGAAGUUGUUAGGGAAACAUGUGAAAGAAAAAAGGUAGAUGUGGCAGUGCUCAAAAUUAGAAAGACCUCAACUCAUCUUGUGCCGUCUUUAUCAGCUAAUACUCCAGGAUCAAAUGAAGAAAUGGAGAGUUUCCAGGAGGCGAUGGACCAAAUGAAGAUGCAGCUACUUGGAGGUUCGCGUCAGCUAGAUGUCGUCUCAUUGGUUGGGAUGCCGGGAAUUGGUAAGACUACUCUUGCCGAGAAGAUUUACAAUGAUCCAGUAAUCACCUCUCACUUUGAUGUCCGUGCUCAGUGUCGCAUGACUCAAGUAUAUUCAUGGAGAGAUUUGUUGCUUGCCAUUUUGAAUGGUGUGCUUGAGCCUAAUGAUCGCAAUGAAAAAGAAGAUGGUGAAUUAGCUGAUGAGCUGCGCCGAUUUUUGUUGACCAAGAGAUUCUUAAUUCUCAUUGAUGAUGUGUGGGAUGAUAAAGUGUGGGACAAUAUACAUAUGUGCUUCAAAGAUGCUCGGAAUGGAAGUAGAAUUAUACUAACAACCCGUCUGAGUAGCGUUGCCAAUUAUGCUAAAUGUGAAAGUGAACCUCAUCAUCUUCGCUUGUUCAGAGAUGAUGAGAGUUGGACAUUAUUGCAGCAAGAGCUGUUUCAAGGGAAGAGUUGUCCGCCUGAAAUUGUUGAUGUGGGGUUUCGAAUAGCAAAAAUAUGUGGAGGGUUGCCUCUCUUCAUUGUAUUAGUUGCUGGUGUUCUCAGAGAGAAAAAGAUAAUAAAAGCAGAAUUGUGGAAGGAAAUAGAAGAAAGUCUAUGUUUGCUGAAUAUUGAUAGCUUGGAAGAGAGCAUGUCUAUAAUUGGAUUCAGUUACAGGAAUUUACCCCAACAGCUGAAGCCUUGUUUUCUCUAUUUUGGAGGACUUCAAAAGGGGAAGGAUAUUCAUGUCUCAAAGUUGACUCGGUUGUGGGUAGCUGAGGGUUUUGUACAAGCAAAUGAAGAAAACGGACUAGAAGAUGCUGCAGAAUGUCUCUUGGAAGAUCUUAUUAGUAGAAAUUUAGUCAUGGGCGUGGAGAAGAGACCCAAUGGAAAGCUCAAAACAUGUCGUGUUCAUGAUCUGUUGCAUAAGUUCUGCUUGGAGAAGUCCAAACAGGAGAAUUUCCUUCUUCAUAUCAAUGGAUUCAGUGGAGAGGAUUCAUUUCCUGAAAUGUGUAUGGAUUACCGGUUGUUUGUUCAUUCUUCUGAGGAUCAGAUUGAUCUGUGGCAGCCAUAUCGCUCAAAUGUUCGCUCUUUGCUUUUCAAUGUGAUUGAUUCAGAUAACUUGUUAUGGCCGCAUGAUGUCUCUUUCAUCUUUGACAGCUUCAAACUUGUUAAGGUGUUGGAUUUGGAAUCCGUCAACAUUGGUGGUACUUUUCCCAGUGAAAUACAAUUUCUAAUUCAUUUGAAGUAUUUUGCUGCUAAAACUGGUGGAAAUUCAAUUCCUUCAUGUAUAGCUAAUCUUUGGAAUCUUGAAACUUUUGUGAUAAGAGGAUUGGGAGGAGAGGUGAUACUACCUAGUUCACUUCUAAAGAUGGUUAAAAUGAGGAAUAUACAUGUAACUCAUCGUGCUUCAUUUAGUUUGCAUGAGAACAUGGGCGAAUCACUUGCGGACUCUCAGUUAGAUAAUUUGGAAACCUUUUCAACGCCACAUCUUGUUUACGGUGAAGAUACAGAGAUGCUGUUGGGAAAGAUGCCAAAAUUGAGAAAGCUGAGUUGCAUAUUUUCGGGUACAUUUGGUUAUUCAGAGAAAGUGAAAGGAAAGUGUGUUUCUUUUCCCAGAUUAGAGAUUCUAAGUCACCUUGAAUCCCUCAAGAUUGUCUCCAACAGUUAUCCAGCUAAACUUCCUCAUGUCUUUAGCUUUCCCUCAAGACUUAGGGAACUGACUCUGUCAAAGUUUCGUCUACCAUGGAGCCAAAUCCUGAGUAUAGGAGAGCUUCCUAACUUGAAGAUUCUAAAGUUACUUCUCAGAGCCUUUGAAGGGGAUGAAUGGGAAGUGAAUGAUUCAGAGUUCCGUGAACUCAAAUACUUAGAACUGGGGGACCUCAACAUUACACGGUGGUCUGUCUCCGAGGAUGCUUUUCCUUUGCUUGAACGUUUGGUUUUAACCAAAUGUAAGCGUCUUGAGAAAAUCCCUUCUCAUUUUGAUGAUGCUGUAUCAUUGAAAAGCAUUGAAGUAAACUGGUGUAGCUGGGAUGUUGCUCAUUCAGCCGAGGAAAUUCAAGCAAUUCAGCGUGAUGAAAUGGCAAAUGAUGCAUUCAAAGUUACAAUACAGCCUCCAGAUUGGGAUAGAAAUUCAUCUCCUUGACUAUUAUCUGAGAAUGUUCCGUUCAUUCACGCUUGUAUCCCUUUCUCAGUGAAUGUUCCGUUCAUUCAGGCUUGCAAACAAAAGAUGUUUCAUUCAUUCAGGCUUGCAUCCCUUUCUCAGUGAAUGUUCCGUUCAUUCAGGCUUGCAAACAAAAGAUGUUCCGUUCAUUCAGGCUUGCAUCCCUUUCUCAGUGAAUGUUCCGUUCAUUCAGGCUUGCAAACACAAGAUGGAGGAGGACCUCAGCUAGUUGAAGGAUCUUCAGCAAUAAGUCAAGUAUUUGAAUUAAUUUCAACUCUUAGUGAUUUGUGUGAAACUUUUAAUGAAUUUAUGAGCAAGAGCUCACAUCCUUUUUCUAAACUUUCUGAAACAAUUGGAUAUGUGAAAUUAUUGUUAUCAGUGUGCUACAUUUUUUCUUAAUCAGUUCAUUCAAAACUUGUCCUCUCGGCACGUGAAAGACUUAUUUGUCGAGAUCAAGAUGAUUGAAGAUAUAUCGUGUGUACCUACAAAGAUGAAUCAUCAAAGUUUGAUUGGAUGUACAAGUGAUCUUUUUAUUUAUGAGGUACAAGCAUAUGCAUGGAUGAAAAAACAUUUGGUUUUUCUGUCA